AUGGCGGAGAGUGAAUCAGGAUCUGAGAGCAGUGAGGAGGAGAGCCUGCCCUCCUUCGCCUACCUGCUGCAGCCGUCCCCAUGCCUCGGCGAGCCCAGCCGCCCGCGGUUGCCAUCUCCUGAUCCUGAACCGGCAGAGGUUGUCAAGAUGGUGAGCAGUGGGAGUGAAGAGGGGGAUGAGGAGGUGAUGGACGUUGUCCCUUUGAACGAGAGGAUCGAGAUGAGUGUGGGAGCGGAGCCUGAGCCUUUCAACCUGGGCGCUGGUGAUAAAGGAGAGGCAUCUGGGCUUUGUGCUAGUGGCGACCUGAUGGCUCCUGGGGGCGAAGGGCUUUGGGAAGACCUGAUGCCGUCUGGGGAAGCAGCUUGUGAUACUGAGAGUGGCACACGCGGUGUUGAGACAUCCUCCUGGUGCUCCUUGCCAGUCAACUCUGACAGGCCUAGUAGCCCCCCCGUAAGCAGAGAAAGGCCGGAAACUUCGCUCCCUCUCAAGAAGCGACAAUAUAGUCAGAAGGAACAGGAGGCAAUCUUCCAGAAUGCGUGGCAGAGAAAGAAGGAGCAAGAAGCAAAGAGGAGGGAGCAGGAGGAGGAGAAAGGGAGGAAGAGAGCCGUUGCCAAGAUGCUGAAAGCUCAGCGGCCAGGAGAGUGCCAGAAAUACAUAACAGUGGUGCUAGAUCCAGUCAUCUUACAGGUAGAAGGUGGCGAGCAGAUCCUUAGUGCUUUGCAGGCUGCCAAUUAUUCCUGUGUGUUUGAGAACCACACUGUUCCCUGCAGCAUCACCUGGAGGAGAAAGACGGUGACAUCACAGAUGGGAGGAGGAGAUGAAUGGACAGAAGAACCAAAUGUUCUAGUUCUGCUUGGCUUGGAGGAGUUCUUGUCCAUGGCUCACAACUACAAGCAAAAUGCUGAUGGCUGUGCAGAAAAGCAGAAGGAGACCCUGCAGAGCUAUGUAGUUCAUAUGAUGGAGAAAAUGCCUGGGAGAAUUCUGGCUCUGGCAGUGGUUGGAGUAGAAAAUUAUUUCAGGUCUCUCCAAGUUCAGCCAAAACAAAGGCUGCGACAGACAGCAGCGAGUGGGAAUCAAGAGAAAUGGGGAAAAAGGAGAAAAAAGGAGGUUAAGGAUUCUGGCUUGGACUUAUCCAGAAUGGAUGUGAAAGAAGCCCUGGUGGAUCUGCAGCUGAGUACACAAGUCCAAAUCAGCAUUUUUGAGAGCAGUGAGGAGCUUGGGGAAUAUGCCACUAUGUUCACAAAAGCUGUGGCUGAGGCACCAUACAAGCGAGAGCGAGAGAACACAGGGUUCUCCUUCUACUUGGAGAAGGACUCUUGCAAAGGGGUGAAGGUGGAUCCUUCUGGAAAGGGCCUCUUGAAAGUUUGGAAGAGGCAGAUACAGCAAUUUAACCGUGUCAGCUCUGAGAUGGCUGAGGCUAUCGUGUCUGCCUACCCUUCUCCUCAGCUUCUGAUCCAGGCCUAUGAGAGGUGCUCCUCGGACCGGGAGCGGGAGGACAUGCUGGCCAAUAUCCCUGUGCACCGUGGGGAGGGGGUGACGGCCACCUCCCGGCGCGUCGGGCCGGAACUGUCCCGACGCAUCUAUCUGCAGAUGACAUCCCACGAUCCCGACCUCUCUCUGGAUUUUACCGGCUAG